AACCCAACGAAUAUAAGAAAUAUAAAAAGGGAAACAAUCCAACCUAAUACAUCUAUUUGUCUUUGGGAAUUUAUAGAAGAAGCGUUCAGAGGGUGGACCACUCGUCAUGGAGAAGAUCACGGACAAGAUAGCCGCUCUGCCGGCCGACUCGAGUUAUUUCUCGCUCGAAUUCUUCCCACCGAAGACCAAUAUGGGGUUCUCGAAUCUACGCGACCGUCUUGAUCGAAUGGCACGAGCUUUGCGACCCCUAUUUGUAAACGUAACAUGGGGUGCCGGAGGAUCGACCGCUACCAAGUCUCUCGAGCUAGCCGAGAUAUGUCAGAGAGAACUAAAUCUGACAACAUGUCUGCAUUUGACAUGUACAAAUAUGAGCCGGAAGUUGAUCGAUGGGGCACUAGAGGAUGCGAAGGCAUUAGGUAUUAGAAACAUCCUGGCCUUGAGAGGUGACCCCCCACGAGCCGCGGAAUAUCAGGAUUUAAACGAAAAGCCCGAGGAUGCGAUAGAUGAAACGUUCACGUGGGCGAUUGACUUGGUCCGAUAUAUAAGAAAGACUCAUGGCGACUAUUUCUGUAUCGGUGUCGCAACGUAUCCCGAAGGACAUGCCGAUGAGAGCCAUCCAUUAGGUCAAAGCCUAGAGCAUGAUCUCCCCUAUCUUGUUGACAAGACUCAGGCCGGUGCUGAUUUCCUCAUGACGCAACUAUUCUUCGACACGGAUGCGUUCGGCAAGUUUGAGCGAACUCUCAGGGAACACCCGAGCGGUGCCUUCAAGACAAUUCCUAUCAUUCCAGGAUUAAUGCCUAUCCAGAGUUACCAGAUGAUCAAGAGGACGACGAAGUUAAGUCACGCUAAGAUACCCGAUGCGAUAAUGACACGACUUGAUGAGGUAAAAAAGGACGAUGAGAGGGUCAAGAGUGUUGGUGUGGAUAUCCUUUGCGAAAUCGUCGACAAGGUCAAGGAGCUCACAAGUACAACGCCUGGUCCCAGAGGGUUCCACUUUUAUACCCUCAAUCUCGAAAAAGCUGUGUCUUUCAUCGUCGAGAGGACAAAUCUCAUACCUCCAAGCACCCCUAUAUCAGAGGAGGAAGAUGCCGUUGUCGAAGAUAUUACCUCUAGGAUUCCAACCCUCCAAGUCAACGGCUCAGACCACGACCGCCUCUCACAGCCCCGCGACAGUUCCCGAGGUCGCAGGCAAUCCAAUGUCGGCUCGGAACCGCGCAACAGAGUCAUCAUCUCCGGACGAUCUGUCUCACACCCAGAGUACGAAGCCACAUCAGCUGAAGCCAGUAUUCCCGCGGAGCCCAUUAACAGCCGUGCGAACACGCUUGCCAUCUCCGAAGGCGAAGGCGUCCUCGGCCGCGAAGCCACGUGGGAUGACUUCCCCAACGGUCGUUGGGGUGACGCCCGCUCGCCCGCUUACGGUGAGAUUGACGGCUACGGGCCUAGCCUACACGUCUCGAAUGCGCAAGCCGUCGGCCUCUGGGGCAAACCGACAAAGCUCUCCGACAUCAAUGACCUCUUUGUACGUCACCUUUCCGGCGAACUCUCUGCCAUCCCUUGGAGCGAGGAGGAGUUCAACGAGGAAACCGGUACCAUCACCGCGAACCUCAUCAAGCUGAAUCAACGCGGCUGGUGGACAGUCGCCUCCCAGCCUGCCGUUAAUGGUCUCCGAUCCUCUGAUCCCGUGUUUGGCUGGGGUCCCCAGCACGGUUUCGUAUUCCAGAAGGCGUUUGUCGAGUUCUUCGUACCGUCCGCGCAGUGGAAGGUCCUACUGGAAAAGCUCCGAAGCCCGGAAGUCACAGGACAAGUGACUUUUUACGCGGCCAAUGCCGCGGGUGACUUCGUCUCUUCCGACCUAACAGGUGGUGCCGUGGCAGCCGGCGAGGUCCAGGAGUCCAGCACCAAUGCCGUGACGUGGGGUGUAUUCCCCGGAAAAGAAAUCAUCACGCCGACUAUUAUAGAAGAAGUCAGUUUCCGGGCAUGGAGCGAGGAGGCCUACGGUAUUUUUGCAGAAUGGGCGCAGGUCUACGGAAAGGGCUCGGAGAGCGAGAAAUUAUUGGAUAAUGCUAGGGCCGACUCGUGGCUCGUCAACAUCAUACACCACGACUACGUCGACAAGGACGCAUUAUGGAAGUUGUUACUGGACUAGAAAAGAUUAGUAAGAAAAAAGAAAGAAAAUCAAAUAAGGGGGGAAAUCAAGGGUAGCAUUUUUCGCACGAAAUUGACUAUCUACUAGAGUAUCCGGUAGCCAGAGUUGCUGACAAACUAUCUAAUCCAUCUGCAACCCUUAUGAAGAAAGUCCUCAAAUAUCGUCGCGAAAUCCGGAAAAUUGGAGCAAGGUGAUAAGAAAAAAACAGGGGAAUUGUCGUCAGGUUUGGAUGUAAGAUCCAGUUGCCAGUGUACCUGAGCCGAACAGUGAAGCCAGAGAUAAAUAACCCUUAGGGCUGUGCGAAAUUUGCCCCAUUGGUGUUUGCAAAAGCAAUUAGGUGACGAUGUUACGGUUUCACGUAGCCCAUCCGAACG